AUGCCGCUUUUUCUCCUCAGCUUUCCUUGGUCCAGACUCCCUUUCUGCCUCUACGGCCUGCUUCUGAGGCCGGGGCGGGGGCUGGGGGGCCUGGGGGCCAGGAGAAAUGAGAUAAUUUCAGGUGCUCUCCUCCCCUCUGCUGUUUGCCUUUCGUAUCGGGAGCGGAGCCGUCUGGAAGGCAGGAUAAAAGGAGGAGGAGGCGGUCGUAGCCGGUACUUAAAGGAGGGGCCUCCCUGCGCUCUCUCCAGAGCCAGCGAAGCGACCGGCCGGCGAGGGAGCCUCACGGGGGAGCGCCCGGACACUCGCCCGGUCCCCGGGCUUGAGCUGCCCAGCGCUGCCCCUCAGAAGCUAGUGCCACUCAACCAGCCCCGCAUGAGAACCAGCAUGAAUCCGGACCCGUCCCUCCGCACGCCGCCCUCGCUGCUGCUGCUGCUGCUGCUGACCACCCAGGGGGCCCUGGCCGUCCGCGGGGGCCGGACACGGCGGGAGCUGGCCCCGGCGCUGCACGUGCGGGGCAUCCGGGACGUCGGGGGCUCCUACUGCCAGAGGCACGGACGGUGCUGCUAUGAUCGCGACGACGACUGCGCCGUGCCCUACAUGGGCACCAUGUGCUACUGCGACAUCUUCUGCAACCGCGAGGUCCCCGACUGCUGCCCGGACUACUGGGACUACUGCCAGGGCGGCGGGAAACGUCCCCCCCCGCACCCAGGUUGCCAGCAUGAGGGCCGGAUGUACCAUCCUUCAGAGAUGUACAAGGAGAACUGUAACCACUGCACCUGCAGGGAAGACAACUUUUGGGACUGUGAGCAGGAGCCCUGCCUGGUGAACACAGAGCUGAUUAACGCCAUCAACGGGGGAAAUUACGGCUGGAGAGCUGGGAACCACAGCUCCUUCUGGGGAAUGACGCUGGAAGAAGGAAUCCGCCACCGGCUAGGCACCAUCCGGCCCUCGCCCACCGUCAUGAACAUGAACAAGAUGCACAUGAACAUGGGCCCCAACGUGGUGUUGCCCCGUAGCUUUGAUGCAGCUCAGAAGUGGCCGGGCCUGAUCCAUGAACCCUUAGACCAGGGCAACUGUGCUGGCUCGUGGGCCUUCUCCACGGCAGCUGUGGCAUCGGACCGAAUCUCCAUCCACUCCAUGGGCCACAUGACCCCCUUGCUGUCCCCCCAGAACCUUCUCUCCUGUAACACCCGGAACCAGCAGGGCUGCAAUGGUGGGCGUCUGGAUAGGGCCUGGUCUUUCCUGCGGCGGAGGGGGUUGGUUUCCAACAACUGCUACCCCUUGGCCAACCAAAACACGAUUGCGGAGCCCUGCUUGAUGUACAGCCGCCCCAUGGGGCGAGGCAAGCGCCAGGCCACCGCCCCCUGCCCCAACAGCUUCAGCCAAUCCAACCACAUCUACCAGUCCACACCUCCCUACCGCCUCUCCUCCAACGAAAAGGAGAUAAUGAAGGAGAUAAUGGAGAAUGGGCCCGUGCAAGCCCUGAUGGAAGUCCACGAGGAUUUCUUCCUGUACAAGAAUGGGGUCUACCAUCAUACGCCUGCCAGCAACGGCAAGCCCCCACAGUUCCGCCGCCGUGGGACCCAUUCGGUGAAGAUUACCGGGUGGGGGGAGGAGUUGCAGCCCAAUGGGCAGAAAGUCAAGUUCUGGAGGGCGGCCAACUCCUGGGGCCCAGCCUGGGGCGAGGGCGGCUCCUUCCGCAUCCUGCGCGGCUGCAACGAGUGUGACAUCGAGAGCUUCGUGGUGGGCGUGUGGGGCCGCGUGGGGUCAGAGGACAUUAACCACCGUCGCUACUACUCCAGAAAAUGACUCUCGGCCUCCUGAUGGGUCCGGGGUCUGCCGGGGUGAGAUGGGAACAAUAAGGAAGUCCGCCCCCCUACCUCCAUCCCUCCGGGCCUGGUCCAGAGACUCCCGACCCUCCUCCCCCGCUAAGUCUCAGAGGCGGGAGCCUGACCUCUCCCCACCAGAGGGGUGGGCAGAAGGGUGACCGCCCCGGCCCCUGGGUGGGGGUGGGCUUCGGGCUCCCAGACUUGAUCAGUCCAGAGCUGGGACAGAGCCCUCUGGGGAGAAUCGAGGCUUCCACCUCUGUCAACUACAACUCCAUGACUAUCAGGGUGUGGUUCCCCUCCCCCCGGUCUCCCUCAUCCAGUGCCCCUCUACCCACCCAUCCCCAUCCCUGUUUCUGCUGACAGAGCCACUCUGAUGGGGACGAGAGUCCCCCCACCCCGCCCUCCCCAAAGCCGCCUAGGCUUUGGUGCAGAAAUGGAACCUGCAUUGAGCCGGCACGGAACCCCCCGGGGGCUGAGACCCUAAUCCUCCCCGGCGCUUUGUCUGCCGCCUUCUGUUGUUGUAGCGAUUCUGCCGACUCAGUGGGAACGAGGGGCCCCGGGCUGGGGGUUGGCGAGCAUGAGCCUGGGAGUCCGAAGGUCGUGAGUUCUAAUCCUGAGUCUGCCACUUGUCUGCUGUGUGACCUC